AUGGAUUCAAAUAAGUUUCGAUGGGAAGAAGCCUUCCAGAACACAUGGGAGAAACAUGGCAAAGGAGAUGCUAUUUUUGCACUAAAUGUAACCAGAAGGACAGAAAACAUGCAAAGAGGGAUUGUUAGGCGGGUUCUUCUGGUUCUUGACAUGUCAUCAUCAAUUGAAGAAAGAGACUUUCUUCCGUCAAGAAAAUACUACGUCAAAAAGGGCGUCAUAAAAUUCUUCCGGGAAUUCACUGAGAGCAAUCCACUCUCUACAGUUGGAUUGGCUGUUGUAUGCGGGGGAAUGUCGUAUUUGGUGAGUUCGAUUCUCUGUGAGGAAGAUGAGAUAGAAAUGUGUUUUGCACAGAAUGAAGGACAGGGUGGGUUUUCUUUGGGAUCUGCCUUUGAGACAGUUAAGGAAUUCUUUCAGGGUUGUUCAUUUCUGAAAGAAGUUAUUUUCAUUGUAUCUGGGUUUACUUUUGUUGGAAGAAGUCCGUUUAUUUUAAAGAACAGUUUAAUUAACAAAGGGAUUAUCAUGCAUACAAUCCACAUGGCAGGAGAGAUGGAAAUACUUAGAAAAAUAAGUGAAGAGAGUGGGGGAAUAUUUGGGAUUGUCAAUUGCCCAGAAGACUUAUCUACUUUACUAGGUCUGAUAUGCAUACCACCACCGCACUCAGCCUCUGCACGGCUGUCCAUGUUGAAAAUUGGAUUUCCAUCAUCGAUCCAAGAAAAUACAAUUUGUGCCUGCCACUUAGAGUUGAAGGAGUGGGGAUAUGAGUGUCCCUUCUGCACGACAAAAGUGUGCAAAGUGCCUGGAGUAUGCCCUAUCUGUGAGAACAUCCUGAGUGCACCAGUUCAUUUACUUAAGGCUCUUCACUGGAGUGACUCAGCCCCAAUAUACGCACCAGAAGGCAAAGGAAGGUGCAGAGGAUGCUCAGAGGAAAAUAUUCAGCUGCAUGGGUGCCCCGGGUGCAAGAGCCGGCUCUGCAUGGACUGCACGGGUUUUAUUCGGCAGGAGCUAAAUUUCUGCAUAUUUUGCACAGAAGCAGCAGGCGCACAGGAAGGCGCCGUAGUGAAAAUAGAGAGCUGA